AUGUCAAAAUAUUCAGAAACAAUUCAAGAGAUACUAAGAAGUGGAAGUAGUAAAAAAAUUGUAGACAAGAAAAAGUGUGCGUUCGAAUUGUUAAGCUUAUAUGAAAAUCAGGAAGCUAUCAAUGAGAUAUGUAGAAAUACAGAACAAAAUGUACAAGGUACUGUAAACUGGUCAUAUAUAAUACAUACAGUGCAUAAGCUCUUAUUGGAUGAAACAGAUAGACUUGCUUCUAAGGAUUCAAAUAAAAAAGCAACAGUUACCGAAAGACAAAAUACGUGUACACUUGUAAAAAAAACAGUUCAAUAUGCAAAUUGUUAUAAAGAACCACUUUUGAAGUGCUCGGAUAUAAUUCCAUUAAUUUUACAAAUAUUGAGAAGUAGUAAAUACGAACAUUACCAUGAAACUUAUAUGCAUAUAUUGGUAUCUUAUAUACUUCCAUAUAGAACAUAUCAGAUAAAGAUGCUAUCCGAACAGUGGCAAAAAUUAUUGGAGAUAUGUAUACAGGUGUACAAAAAUGUAUCUUUACUUGCAAAUAAGCGUACAGUUUUAGAAGCAUUACAAAUGAUUGCAAAUUACGGUUGUCUUCAUUCAGAUCUUCUGCCCAAUCUAAAAGGAACAUUGACAUUCUUGGAAACUGUAUUUUCUGAUGUGAAAGCAAAUCAGGAAAUUUUAGCAGAAUCUGCUUAUAAACUUACAAACACAGUGUGUCAACAAAUUGCGACUGAGUGCAGAUAUAAUCUUUGCCAAUUUAGUGAAACUAUUUUACUAAAAAUAAUUAGUCUGAAAAGUUCAGUGGAAAAGUAUAAAUUGUUAUUGCUUUUUAUUAAAAUUCAUCAUCCCAAAGGAGUAUGCGAUGUUGAUCACGGGGCUUACGCUAAUGAUUGGGAAAAAUGGCAUAUAAUACUAAAAAGUAUGUAUUUAAUGAUUUUGAAAGAUUGUAAGCCAGAUAUACUACCGAAAAGUUUUAUUCAUCUUGCAAGUGAAGUUUUUAAGCAAGUAUUGGAAAACUCGAACCUUACAGUUGAAAAAAUAUCACUGGAUGAGUCUGAUUAUUUACAAUCGGCGAAACGAAGACGAAUCGCUACUAAAAUGGAUAGAUUAAUUGAUAUGAUUAGCGACAGUAAUACGGAUGAAUGUUGGCCCAUAAUACAGAUACUAACAGUGUUAUUCAAACGAUAUUCUGAAUGUUUGAAAUCGCAAGACCUCCCAGCAUUCUUAAAAAUUUUAGUAGAUCUCCUAACGCAGUCUUGUAAAACAGAAAUUAUCACGGAUAAUUUAUACGAAUUAGCUGUUGUUCUGUUAGCAAAUGAAAAUGUAUUUUCAGUCACAGAUAUAGAAAAUGCAAACAUAUAUUGGGAUAAAAUAUGGGAUAUUUUAUUGAGGUCUUUGAGUGUAAAUCAAAAUGAGAUAUCAGCUCAUAAGCUUACGCAGCUCUUUGUAAUAAACAACAAAAUAACAAAUCCAAAUGCACUUUUGAAACUUUAUCUUACAAAUGUUAUCAAAUGGUCUAUUAUGAGCCUGCGCACAUUAAUAGUACUUUGCGAAUAUCUAUCCUUGCCUACUGAUAUAGCAAUGUUCAAUAUAAAUACAUGCUCGCCAACAAUGAAUUCAAAUUCUGUAAGAUUGUGCCUCUUAAAAUGGGCACUGAAUAUAUCCUGGCAUAAAGUGGCUAUGCAAAUAAUAAUUGACGAGUUAUGUUUAUUAUUGAUUAGUAUUAUGUCGAAACCAAGACACGAGAAGCAGAUAAAAUUUAAUGAACGCAAUAUUAACAAUUCGUGUAAUUGUUUAAACAACAUGGAAUAUAUCGAACCAUCUUACGAGGAUAUUGAAAAUUGUCACUUGCUAUUGACUUACAAACGAAAUUUGUUCAUUGAGAAUGAAGAAGAUGAUAUUUCGUAUAACGCUAAAGUAAAUGAAUACACAUUGUGUAUGGAAGAUAUUGUGACUUCCUUAAUGCACAGUUUAUGUGACAUACUAAAUGAAAGUAGCGGAAGCGAUGAUUUACACGUAACAAUAAUAAAGAUUGCAAUUGUAGCGAAAGUAAUAUCAACGAUGGGACAGUUGAACAUGAUAAAUAUUAACGAAGAGUUUCUUCGACAUACUAUGGGAAAGCAUUUAGAUGCUGUGUAUACUUUAUUGGCAAAUAUAGAUUCAUCGAGAGGUAAAUAUAUUUACCUUUGCAAUGUGACGAAAGCUCUUAAUGUGUUGUACGAAACACCGUAUGAUACAAAUGUAUCAAAGAUAAUCAUCUCGUCUUCCACGCCAAAUAUGUUAAAAAACAUAUUCAGUUUAAUGAAUAUUGAAGAUAACGAAAUUGCUGAUUAUGAGACAACUAAGAAUUACUUUGAAGACUACGGUUCUUUCCAAAGUAGACGUAGAAGUUCAGAUAAAAGUAUGCUACGCAAAAAGCAAUGUUACUUCUGUAACAAGGGUACAAUCAGAAUACAAACGUCAAGGGCUUUGGCAUUGUUUUGCUGCAUGAAUGUGGGAGAAGAAAAAUGUGACAUACAAAUAAAACUUAUGAAUAGUUUGCUGAAAAUAGAUAUGUACGAUCUGUCACGCACAGUUGAUAUUAAAAUGGCUGUCACAGUUUUGGAGUCUCUAUCGAAAUACGGCAUGCAAGAUUUAUGGAAAAAUCACGAAGGAAUACCAUUAAAGAAUGUAUUGGCAUUAUAUCAGGGAUGCUGUGAAGAUGAGACUGCUAUUCGUUAUGUAUUAAAUAUUUUGCCAUAUUUUUUUAAAUAUGCCGUGGACUAUGACUACGGUCUGGAUGAUUUAAUGGACAUUAUUUUUCAACUGAACGAGUGCAAAAGGAAAUACGGUUUUCGUGUUCACAUAGAAUUUACUAAGUGCCUUUUAAAAAUCAUUCAUGUCAGACCCUCUCUCUUUAAUUAUGCAGUACCUGAUACAUGUGAUCAAAAAAUUCCAAUAAUUGACAGUAUUUUAACAUCUCUUUCUAAUUCUUUGUUUAUUGUACGAUUACAAGCAAUUAAAUGUAUACAAGAAAUAUACCUUUUGAAAAACAUUGAUUUAAAAUGGAAAGAAACAUUGUUUAGACGAAUAGAAGAGUCAAUGAACAAAUUAAUUAUUGGUAAUAAUAAAAUGGAUGAUACGAGAAAUGUUGACGAAAGGGAAAUUAAAAUAGCAAGUACUUUAUUAGUAUUGGCAGCGAUAAUAUCUACCAACGGAACAUUUCAAUGUCGUGCUUUACUGACAAUGUUUCAUCUUACUGUAGACCAAAAAAUCGAAGUUCAAACUAUACCAAAAGCAUUAAAUACUAUAGCAAACCGAAUAAGUUACUCGAGUCUCAUUGAAGAUAAUUUAAGUUAUCUAGUAACAUAUUGGUAUAAUUCGGAAUAUUCUGCACGAUCGUUUCCUUGGAAGUUAGUACACUGUAAAUCAGAAGAACAAUUUUAUAAAACAUACAUUAAUAUGCUUGCAUUUAUUAAAUUUCAAAGUUUAGAACUUUCUAAUGUGAUAUCCCUUUGCACUUAUGUUAACUUAUCAUUGCAACAGAUCAUUGAAAAUAUUUUUCCACAAAUUUUGCCAUGGUUAUUAUAUUCUAUUAACGAACGCGAUAGUACUACAAGAAAAUUGGCCGGUAAAAUGUUUCACAAGUUAAUAUCAAAUCAAGAUGAAUUUGUUGCAGUUAAAAAAUUUUCGAGUUUAUUUAAUGAUAAAUUUGAAGAAACAUUAAUAUAUCUCAUUGAAAGAUUACACGACGAAUGCUAUCUCGAUAAAAUGUUGGGUGUACAAAUUUCAUUCGCAAUGUCAGAUCCUCCUCAUUUCAACAGUGAAACAAUUAAUGCAUGCUUGAAAUACAUGGAAGAAAACUUUUUCGCGCAAGGAACGUCUGUGCAAUAUAUUCUAGCACAUAAUUGUCCAAAUAUAUUACAGAGAAUGUUACUACAUUUAAUUAGCAAUGUUUAUAAGAAACGGUUUGUGGAACAUAAAGUAAAAGCCUUUCACCAAUACAUGUUCUUUUGUGCACUGAUUCUUAAAAAAUUAAAGGAAGAGUAUUUUAAUGCACUGUCUAUGUACAUAGUAAAGGAUAUUGGCUACAGUUUACUUCACAUAAUUAAAGAAAAUGAUAAUAUUCUUCUUGAAAUAGCGUGUAAAUAUUUUUAUAUAUUUGUACAGCACGUAUUGCCUAUAAGACCCGAAGAAAUCAAAGAGAUUCUCAGUUUUACUGUGAUGGUUUUAAUUCCUAUUGCACAAUUGGGAAAGACACCGAUAACUUUGAAAAUACUUCAUUAUUUACUAAUCGAACAAAAAGAAAUAUUACACAAUGCAAUAGAAAAGUUGAAUUCGUUUCCAAAUGUACCUAUUUUUCAAGAAAUUCGAAAUGUGCAUAAUGCUUUAAAGUAUACAGCUGAAAAGAAGUACAGUUUAGAAGAGGAAAUACAACAUUUUUUAAAUUCUUUAGUCGACAAGAAUAUCAAUUACAGCAUAGAAGAUAUUUCACAUCUACGACAACAAUUAUCGACGAGAAAAGAAGAAUUACAAGCAUUGUACAACAAACUUGAAACAUUGCGUGGUUUUGCAGAAGAUUGUGCCUCGAGCAUGUUGCAUCAAUUAAUAUAUAAACUUAUAAAACUAACAACAUCUUCUGAUGCAAAUAUUUCAAUCGAAGCAUCAAAAUGUUUAGGGGAAAUUGGUCCGAAUGAUUUAACGUCGAUGAUAUUAUAUUUGGAAAAAAGCCAUGUUACUGAAAGUUCUGACUUGGUAGAAAUAUUGACAUAUAAAUUAAUAAUAAAAAUGAUAGAAUUGUUAUUUCAAAGUGAUAUCGAACUCCGAAAAGUUAGUGCUGAUGUACUUUACGCUACAUUGUCAUCUUCUUGGGGACAAAAACUGUUAAAUACAAAGUACAUAGAACAUUUAAAAUCUCUUCUAGGUGAAUCACAGGUAAUGCUACCUCUAAAUUAUGUUCGACCAUUUAUAAUUAAUAAAAAUGUAAAGGCAAAGAAAAUUAGCGUAAAUACUGUAAAAAUGAAUAAUAUCUUGAAUCCACAAAAUAGAAUUUGGACAGUUGAAACUAAUGGUUCAUAUGUCAAUUGGAUCACCGAAAUAACAUGUAAAAUUGUAGAAUGUUUUACAGGAUUUUAUUCUGAAAAUUUAAUUUCCGUUUGUGCAUUAAGCACUGAUUUCUGCGAAGUAAUUUUGCCAAGAAUUAUUUUUCUAAUCAUUCAUAUCGAUAAAAAACUCACAUCUGCCAUAUGUUCUUGUAUAAAUCAAUAUUUUGACUAUCAUUUUAACUUCACAAUAGAAACAAAUGGGUCUCCGCAUGUAACACGUAAAACAGCAAAUUGUGACCAUCAAAUUGUACAUUGUAUGUUAAAUAUUGUGAAUUACAUUAGAAUACAAGUCGCUGAUGAUAUUCGUUUAAAUUUAAAUUACAUGUAUAUCGCAAAAGCUGCACAAUAUUGUGCAGCUUUCUUUACUGCGAUAUUGUACGCAGAAAUGUCUUGUGAAAAUAUUUUAAACGAUCAUAAUAAUUUUACUAAUGUUUCCAAAAUUGAUGAUGUCUACGAAUUGGCACCUGAACAAGGGAAAAUGAUACAGAGUAUACUUAGAGACACAUACUCAAAAAUAGGUGACUUCGAUGCCAUUCGUGGUACAGGAUCUUCACAUUUGCAAGAUCAUUCAACUCGUAUACAACAUUAUGUUCACACUUACGAAUGGAAUAAAGCAAUACUUGCCCAAGACGUUGAACUUUCCUUUGGAAACAUGACAGUAAUCAAAGAAAUGGCUAAUGGAUUGCAUCAUUCUGGUCUUCAAUAUUUAAUGGACAAUUUUAUAUUUGCCAUGUCUAAAAAUAAUGAAAAAAUACAUGAAGAUAUUCAAUAUGAAUGUUCUUGGCGGCUUAGCAAUUGGAAUUUUUGUGAAAUAAAUCAGGCGUUGUAUGUGCAAAAUGAUUGUAAAUUGAAGUCACAAAUAACUGAGUCUGAUUAUCAUUUUUAUCAUUAUCAAGCAUUAAAAUAUUUUCACGAAGGUAAUGAAGCAGGUAUACGAAAUGCGAUUGAAAGUGCUCGUAUGAGUGUCAUCAAAGCACUUAAAAAUAUUAGUCUAGAAAGCAGUAAAACUAUAUAUGAAAAACUAAUGCAGUUACAGUUAAUUCGUGAGAUUGAAGAAUUCAGUUUGGUAAAGUCAGAUGAGUAUGAAAAUGUAUUAAAAAAAUGGCAGCAGCAAGAUAUAUCUAACUUCAAUGAAUUGGAAUACAUCGAACCUGUAUUAACUCAAAGAACGAUUAUGUAUCAAAUAAAUGAUGCUUUAGCUGGAAGCGUACAGAUGAAGAAUGUACUUUUUAAUACGUAUUUAGAUCUUUCAAAAAUAGCAGUGGACAAGGAAAAUUUAAAUAUUGCCACACGUUCGCUAGCUGUCUUAGCAAAACAAACAGACAUACCCCCGAAAAUUCAAGAUCAAUUACUUUAUCAAGAAUCUCUAUUGGCACGUCUUCGAAAUGAUUUGGAAAUUGGACGAUUUCUUUUACGUAAUUUGAUACACAAAGAGAGCCUAGAUAUAAAUUUACGAGCUCAAGUGUUGAGAGUUUACGGUGACUGGAUGGCUGAAACAAAAUCUGAGAAUCCUCAAGCUGUGAUAAAAAAGUAUUACUUAAAAUCUAUAGAUACAAGUAGUUCUAUCGAUGAACAAACUACUGAGAGCGUUAAAAAUUUACACGACACACAGGUAGCUCUAGCUCGAUUCGCUGACGCACAAUUUUCGCAAAUAUGUUCAUACAUGAAAUCUCCUCAAUUUGAAAGCCUGAAAGAAUGUGUUGCAUACUCUAGCGAGAAAAUCAAUAUGAAUGCAGUUACUAAGGAUAAAGAUGUUAGAAGAGCAUUAAUUUUGAAUCAGAGACAAACUAUAAAUGAUGUUGAAGAACUGGAGCACAUAGAAAAGGAAAAGGAUAAUUAUUUAAUUUUAGCCUUGAAAUACUACUUACUAGUGUUACAACAAAGCGAAGACCAUAAUUUAUUAAUAUUUAGAAUAGUAGCUCUCUGGUUAGAUAAUAGAAACAAGAAAGAUGUGAAUGAUUUGUUGGAUUCGAAUAUCAAUAAAAUACCGUCUUAUAAAUUUAUUCCGCUUAUUCCUCAAUUAGCGGCGCAUAUUAGCGAUGUCUUUGAUACAUUUUCGCAAAAAGUAUAUGAAAUUAUGGAACGUUGUGCGCUGGAUCAUCCAUAUCACACAUUACCCGCGUUAUUAGCGUUGAAAAAUUUAUACGGCGAUUAUGAAUACGCUGGGACUAAGACAAAUAAAACGUCCGAACCGAGGGUACUCGGAGCUAAAAAAUUGUUGCAUGAUUUAACAAAGUCGAAUGUAAACUCGGUUAUGCAUGAAAUGGAUAAGUUAUCGCACUCCUUAGUUAUGCUGGCCAAUCUCACAACUCCUUCGAGUAAAUCUGGUUCAGUACUCAAUAUUCCGAAAAAUCAAGAAAUCUUGAAAGUUAAAAAUUUCAGAAAUGUACUUGUGCCAACAUUGAUGAUUAAUGUGAAACCAUCCAAAAAUUAUGAUGAUAUCAUUGGUAUAUCUAAAUAUAUGGAAACGUACGAGACUGUCGGAGGUUUGAAUACUCCGAAAAAGAUAGUUUGUAUUGGUACUGAUGGAAUAUCAAGAUAUCAGUUAGUAAAGGGAAAGGACGACUUGCGACAAGAUGCUGUAAUGCAACAAGUUUUUAAUGUAAUGAAUAUAUUGUUAAAAGCUUACAAAGAAACUAGAAGAAGAAAACUGAUGAUUAGAACGUAUAAGGUUGUACCUUUGACACAGAGAUCGGGGAUUUUAGAAUGGUGUGAUAAUACAGUUCCUAUUGUAGUUAUAUUAAUAGGUUCAAAUAAUGAUUCUGGGCUUCACAAAAAGUAUUACCCGAAGGAUCAUACGGCACGAGUAUGCAAGGAAAAAUUAGCAGCAGUUGAAAAGUCAUCGAGCAAUGCAAAAUUAAAAGUGUACAUGGAUUGCUGUGCACAUAUGCAUCCAGUGUUGCAUCAUUUCUUUGUUGAGAAAUAUCCAUCUCCUGAAACGUGGUUUGAAAGAAGAUCAGCAUAUACACGCAGUGUCGCAACAACAUCCAUGGCAGGAUAUAUUUUAGGUUUAGGUGAUCGCCACUUAAAUAAUAUUUUACUCGAUCAAACAACUGCUGAAGUGAUUCAUAUCGAUUUUGGUAUAGCAUUUGAACAGGGGAAAGUAUUACCAAUUCCUGAAACUAUUCCAUUUCGGCUGACACAAAACAUUGAGGCAGCAAUGGGUGUAUCUGGCAUAGAAGGUACAAUGAGACAAUGCAGUGAAAAAACUUUGACUGUACUGCGUGAUCAGAGACAAGUAAUUAUAACACUACUUCAAGUUCUAUUGUACGACCCAUUGUUUACGUGGACUAUAACACCAGCUAAAGCAUACAAUAUACAAAGUGGAAGUUCCUCUAGAUCAGUCGAAGUUAAUCAAGGUUCUGUCGGAACUAAUAAAACAGCAGAAAGAGCCCUGUUAAGAAUAGAACAAAAACUACAAGGUACUGAAGAAGGUUUACCGUCAAGCGUUUCCGGUCAAGUUGAAAGACUUAUACAGCAAGCCCGUGAUCCAGUUAAUCUCUGCCGUCUGUUCUGUGGAUGGCAACCGUACUUAUAA